AUGUGCCUACCCGACAAGGAAGAAGACAACAGCAACAGGGAUACCACCAACAACAACAGCCAGGCCAAUAUCACUACCAACCAUACCGAAACGACAGAGCCUUUGCCAAUGUCCACAGAAGACCCCAGCAAGUCUCCAGUUCUUUCGCAAGAAUCCCACAACAAUAGCAACAUGAGUACCCAAACGCCUCCGGUACCACCCGAAAUAUCGGCACCCACCAUCAUUCGCGACGACGACAAUAAUAAUAAUACGCAAGAUUUGGAAGAACCCAAACCAACUUGUUGGGAACGAUUUGUCAAGUUUUAUUGGGCCAAUGAAUUCGUCAUCUUGAUCGUCAUUGUCAUUCUAUUGGCCAGGGCUUAUCCGCCUCUCGGGGCAGUCUACCUGGCUCCACAUAUCACAGCGACAUGGAUUGCCGUGGUCUUCAUUUUCAUCAUGGCCGGUUUGGGGUUGAAAACAGAAGAACUCACCAACGCUUUCAAACAAAUACGCUUCAAUCUGUUUGUGCAAACAUUCAAUUUUGGACUCAUAUCCGUCACUGUCUUUGGCGUUAGUCGGUUGCUCAUUGAACUGGGGAUUUUGGAUCGAGCAUUGGCCGAUGGAAUGGUCGUUUGUGCUUGUCUACCACUCACCAUCAACAUGGUUUGCGUCUUAACCAAAUCGGCGGGAGGAGAUGAAGCCGCCGCCAUUUUCAAUGCUGCCUUUGGUAACAUGUGUGGCGUCUUUUUGAGUCCAGUCCUGAUUUUGGGGUACCUGGGGGUGACUGGUGACGUCGAUCUCUUUCAAGUCUUUUACAAACUCUGUUUGCGGGUCGUACUCCCUGUGGCCAUUGGACAGCUCUUGCAGAAAUUUUCCAAAACCGUCGUCCAGUUUGUCAAACUACACAAACCCAAAUUCAAACAAGCGCAACAAUACGCGUUGGUAUUCAUUGUCUACACGGUAUUUUGCCGUACUUUCAACUCGGAUGAAGGCAAAUCGGAAGUGGGUGAUAUCUUCUUGAUGAUUCUCUUCCAAUUCCUGCUGUUGGUGUUCUUUAUGAUUGUGGCAUGGAUUCUCCUGGGUUGGUUCUUUCCAAAAUCACCCGAACUACGUGUCAUGGGAUUGUUUGGUUGCACCCACAAGACAGUUGCCAUGGGGGUGCCGCUGAUCAAUGCCAUUUACGAAUCAUCGCCCUACGUGGGCCAAUACACUCUCCCGCUCCUGAUUUGGCACCCCAUGCAGUUGCUGCUGGGGUCCUUUUUGGUGCCGAAAUUGGUGGCCUUUGUGGAACGGGAGCAUGAACGAUUGGGAGUCAAUCCAGAUGGUGAGGAUGAGGACAAGAAUAAUCGCAAUAAUAGCACUGACAACAACAACCAGACGGAUGAAGAAGCUCCUGCCCCUCCAGAAGAACCAGAACGUGAUCAAGGAUCAUCAGAUGAGUCGAGGGAAAAAGAAGACGAGGUACAUCCCAACGCGGAGAGCAUGUUGACAGGGAGCUACCACACAGAGGACAUGAAUGCGUAA